AAUUUAGCUGAGACGUCACUCCAGCGGCCAUUUUGUUAUUUUACAGUGAACUUACAAGCCGAGUGCUGCGUCACCUAAAAAAUAUUAUUAAUAUUAAAUAAAAAGUUAAAUUACAAGCGUAAAAAUGACGGGAAAGCGCAGACAUCAAAUUAAUGAAGAAUCAUCAGAGGACAGUGACUUUUCCUACGAUAAUUUAUCAAACGCAACCUCCAACCCAGGGAAUGUCGAACAAAGUGAACUCCAACCACGAAAACGCGGUCGAGGUCCAUCAAAGCGACCGUGCUUGAAUCGCAAUGCUUUAAUGGCGCGAGCUAAUCGUCAAAAGAAAAAAAAAUAUGUGGAACAUAUUGAAAGUAAAUUAAUGCACUAUCGUCAAGAAAUAAAAGAAUUAACAACAAAAAACCAGAAACAGUGCAUUGAUUUAAAAAGAUUAACAGCUGAAGUGUCAUAUUUAAAAAAUAUCUUGAAUAAUAAUUCGAGUAUUACUUCGUUGUUAAAAUCAAUAAACGAAAUUCUGUCAAGAGGAAGGAGGAAGGGAAAGGAGGGGGAAAGUGCGAAGUUCAUUUGUGAGAAAGAAAAAGAGGCUGAUGGAAAAGGUAAUUUAAAUAAUCCUUUUUUACAGAUGACACUGCAAUCUGAUCACAAUUACAGUUCAUUACAUUCUGACGAAUUAUUUAAUUUUGAAGGGGUUAAUUACAAUCCUGACAACGGCCAAGUGUCCAUUAAAGAGUCAAGCUCACAAGAAAGCUCGGUUAAAAUUUAUAAUGAGUUAAAUAAAUCACCUGUUGAGUCUAUUGACAAUAUUGAUUUAGGAAUCAGCGAUACUGAUUUAGAUCAAUUAAAUUCUAUUGACUUAUUCAGUCAAUUAAGUGAUGACCUGGAUGACAAUGAGCCCAUUGACUUUUUCAAGGCGCAAAAUUCUCCGGUUGAGUCUUUGGAUUUGUUCAACAACCUGGAUAACAAUGGCAUCUGCGUUCAUGUUAAUCCCAGGAGGAUUUCUUUGGAGUUUUGCUCGGCUUGCCAUGUCAACAAUGCUAAUUUAGAUUGAGUUUUAAAUAUUUAAAUUCAUUGUUUAUCUUAUGGUCGGUAAUGUAAGAUAGAAGAUCGCUGUAUUUUUUUUUUUUUUUUUAUUAAUUAUUGUACUAGGUUAAGGAAUGUUGUGUAGAGUAAGUUUAUUAUUUUUAUUAUUGUAAUUACCUCCGAGGCUGUACCAGUUAUUUCAUUUUUACAGGACUUGAGGCGGAUCCGGUUUUAUUCUUGGAAAGUUGGAAUAUUAGACGACGUAAAAUUAAGUUGUCGUGUGGCUGAAUGGAUUUUGAAGCAGAAAUAUA